GUUCUACUUCCGGCGCACAUGUUCGACGGACGCACGUGGAGACGGGUGAUAUUUUUCGGCGAAAAUGGAGUCCUUGGACCGGGUGGUGUAAGUACAGUUGUUUCGAAGCGUUGCGAAGUUUGUGCCCGUAAUAGUGUGGCACUAUUUGAGGUCGUGAAGAAAAUGUUUAAUUGCCCCUAUAGGUUUGGCAGAUAUACAGCCUUAGGCUGGUCAGGUCCAGUCCUAAGUAAAACCCAGUGAGCUCGAUGGGAUUUACUUCCAAGGUUUGUGUCUUUUUAUGGCAUAAGCGCUCGCGGACUUACUUAAGCGCGGGAAGCACUUUCCUCAUUCCGCGGAUGCAGAAAUCAAGACAUCAUGCUACUGAAUGACCAUGGCUAUAGUUUGAACUGCAGGCUUUACAGGUGUUAUGACAACGUCCUUUUGUAUAUGGAAAGCCAAAUAAGCCAUUGCUCUACUACUCCUUUGCUUAGGUGUAGAGCAAUGAAAUGUCUGGUACUCUGCAGCUAAGCUGCUUUAUCUGUCAAGAAGCGUAUUGUAAUUAUAAAGGCUUAUAAAAAAAAUGGAGUGCACAGUGUAUUGAGCAAUCCUGUUCAGAUUUCAGAUAAGAGAGCCCAUUUCAUUAGUGGUUUUAAUGGGCGGAUCCACCUCUGUGUGUAUAUAAAGAAUUUCUUGUAGGCAGUGUGACCCCAGAGUCAUAAAAUGCAAGGAUGACAAUCUGACAUUUCUGCAUAAACGUUCUUCUCGCGUCAGUCCAUCUAUCCCUAGGGAAUUUUGAUUGCAUACUAACUCGUGUUCAGAUGACUCCAGAUUUGACCAGAUCUUUAUUCGGCUACAUUUCAAGCCGUGUCAAUAUUCUUAUUCUUGGAAGGCUUGGUAACAAUGCUGAAAUGAGGAAUUGUUUUAUUUGGUUGUCAAAGCAUUGGACUUUGAGCCAGGGUGUAACCUAGACACAUAUAAAAACCAUUCUGAAAAUGCUUUUUUUAAAAAAGCGUUUUAAAAAAUACAUUGAAUUUUCCAUAAGGCUCACCAGCUAGUGUCACAUUGUAUAUUGCACUUAAAACAGACUUUAAAAGUUUUAUUUGCAGCUAUAUAGCUGAGUCACAGGUAAUUAUGUGUGCUUGGGUGUGUGAGGUGUAGUUGGGGUGAAAGGACAGCGUGAGGGAAUUGUGCCUUUGAAACUCCCUGUUCCUUUGAAAGAGCACAACUCCUUUAACGUUCGUGUUUAGAUCCUAAUAUCCAGAACUAUAUUAUCAAUCUGAAGUUAAUAUUCCACUUUGAAAACUUCAAACUCUUCAAAACACUAUUUGUGCUGACUUUAAAGUAUAAAAGCAUCUUAAUAAAGCUUGAUAUUUCAACCUAUAAAGAUUUAGAUUCUCAUGCAGAGGCAGCACAUUGUUACUGUGGCAUUACUGACAAACCAGCUGAAACAUCAACAGAAUAGUAAUGUUAAUCUAUUUUAAACAAAAAUUUGUUGUGACAUGUCUGUAUCAGUAUCUUGACUGAUGCUGCAACUUAGCUCUAACGUGCCCAACAAUUCCUUGCUUUUUUCUUAAUCUAAUCAUUUUUUUCUAUGGCUUUUCAGAUUGUAGUAAAACUUGCAGCCCAAAUACAGCCAUGAUUAAUUAGAACUAAGAUCCAUGGAUUUCAGUAUGGUUUCCUUGCAGCUAAAUAUGUUUAAAACUACAAUGGAGUAACAUUUUUAAUGAGGUGGCUUCAGCUGAUAUGUUUCUGUUUUGGUAUUGAACUGGAUAGAGGAAACCUCAGAGGCAGCAACUGCAUUAACUACCCAUCACCAAAGUACUAUGUACACUUGCUUGGAAAUAAAGCUUGGUGAAUUGAGUAAAUAUGCAUAUGGAGUUCCAUAUUCUUCUUUUUUUGCUCCUUACUAAUAUGUGAUCAUUUAUAUUGACUUCUUUGAAGACUAGUACAGCUUUUUUCUCCAUACAUUAAAAAGCAACAGCUGUUUAACAGUGUCAGACUAGGAUCUGGGAGACCAGGGUUCAAAUCCCCAGUUAUCCAUGAUGCUCAGUUGGUGACCUUGGGAUAGUCACUUUCUCAAACUAACCUACAUCAUAGGAUUGUUGUGAGAAUAAAAUGGGGAAAGGAGGAAGAACUAUGUAUAUUGCCUUUAGCUCCUUGGAGGAAAGGUAAGUAAGUAAGUAAGUAAAUAAAUACAGUAAUAACUAAAUAUUAAGUAUAUUUAAUAGAGAACACAAAAUUAUGGGCGGUAUUCAACUAAUUUGUUGGGCUAGUGCAACAGGACUUCACCAUCCCUCCCCUCAUGCAUGCCCCAUGUCAUGCCCAGAUCUGCUCUGGAGGGUUGGGGCAAUCCCAAUAUGAGGCAUGCUAAGGGGAGGAUAUGGCAAGACGGUUUUGCCAUGCAAGAACAAUCCUUGCAUUGAUGGGACCUUGGGCUAUGUUGAACCCAGUUUCUUUAUAGAUGUGCUCAAAUACUUUUUGAGAGCUGACUCUGUGUCUUAUAAAUUCCCAUGGCAGAAAGCCCAAAACUAAGAGGGCCAAAAGGUUUCUUGAGAAGAGAGAGCCAAAGCUCACAGAAAACACAAAGAAUGCAAUGCUAAUAAAAGGUGGAAAUGCAACUGCAACAAUAACUGACGUGCUCAAAGAUAUUGUAAGUAUGAUUGGAAUUUGUGUGUGUGAAAUAAUGGCUAGUGUUCUGGGUUGUGUGGGAAUGUGACUUGGAGAAUACAUACUGGGCAUUAUCUUUUAAGUGAAGUCCUCCAAGCGCUAGAUUCCAAAUGGCCUUACUUCAGUUGUAUUAUUAAUGUAUGCUUAAUCUCUGCCAAUUCCAAAAAUUGUUGCAGAACACUUGGGGUAUGCAGCCCAAAAAAUUCUUUUUGGAAUAUUGAUUCUAAACCCAAAUCGACAGCACCUGGAAUUAUUGAUUGUUAGUAUAUUUGAAGGAUUUCUGAAGCUGCUCUUUCCAAGUGAUCCUCUUCUGCUUCCCCCCAUUUUACUCUCCUGAUGAAUCUAUAUUUACUUCAUUCAUUUGGAGGUCUCAGGGUGGUUUAUAGCAGUAUAGCUACUGCAAUAGAAAGGGGCCAUAUAUUUGGACCAAGGAGAAAAAUAAUAUUGUAAUGAAGAGAGAAGAAAGUCCUUUUAAAAUUUUUAAAAUUUUUAAUUUAUUUUUAUUAAAUAUUUUCUUGAUUUACAAAAGUACAUGCCUUGUCUCUUUUUUCAGGUUUUACAGUCUUUCUUACAAAUCAUUUACAUUUGUUGUGAGACCUUAGUGUUGAGUACAGUAUAAGGCUGGGGAAGAAGAUGGGGGAGAGGAGGGGUGGUGUGGUGAGGUUUAUAUUCUUUUAUAUAGUGUACGUGUGGGGUUUUGUAUCAACAUCAACCGGGUAGGUUCUAUUUCUAUUUGUUUAUUGCAUUUCCUUGAAAGUGAGAGGUAUGGGGGGGCAGGGUGUGGUUGCAGAGCUCCCUGAUGGAUUGAUCCAUUAUCAGAAAGCUGUUGGGAAGCACAGUACACAGUGAAAUCCUUCAGGCAUUCCUUAAUCUGUUUUAUCUGUUCAGACAAGCACUCCCCCCCUUCUGUUUAAAGUGAUUUGUCAUAGAGUGGUUCAACGUUAAAAUGCUGUCUCUAACUUCUAUUUCUUUUUGUAGUAUGCACUGAAAAAGCCUUUUGCUGUACUAUAUAAAAAGUAAGUGUUUUCCCCAUUUAAUCUGAUAUGAACAUGUAUGGCAUUUAGCAUAUUUUAAGAGCAGCUAAUACAUGCAUGCAUGCAUACAUACGUGUGUGUGUGUGUGUGUGUGCAGUAUUCAGCAGUGUUAGAAACUCGAACGGUAUGUCUUGGUGCCAUUUCCCCCCACUUUAUAUUUUAAAGAAAAAAAUCUCAAAGUGGUUUACAACACAUGAAAACUUCAAAUAAAACACUCCAGAAUAAAACAAAUUCAAGCUUCAACAAAAAUAUUUCAGAUCCUUCUCUAAGUAAUAGUUUGCUUUCCCCGCAUUGAUUCAACUACUUAAUUUAUAGAGCUGCCCCAUAGCAGAAAUACUCUAGGAAGCCAGUGUGGUGUAGUGGUAAGUGUCAAACUAGAACCUGGGAGGUCAGGGUUCAAAUCCCCACUCAGUCAUGAAGCUCAUUGGGUUACUUUGGACCAGUCACUGCCUCUUAACCUCCCCUUUGGUUAAUGCAAGAAGUUAAGGAAGAACUGCUUAAAUGUGGCCUGAACUUAACCUAUCAGAUUCACGGGUAAAGUAUGUUGUGAUGCCUUCAAAAAGGGCUAGAUAUAUUUAUAAAAAUUGAAUCAGGAAUUAUAAACUGAUCAAAUGGAGCCCCUAUCUACAGAAACAGAUGUUGGGGGACAACCACCUUAUUUGGUUAGUGUGUUGGACUCGAAUAGGCAUGGCUAAACUUGGCCCUUCAGCUGUUUUGGGACUACAACUCCCAUCAUCCCUAGGUAACUGGACCAGUGGUCAGAGAUGAUGGGAAUUGUAGUCUCAAAACAUCUGGCUGGCCAAGUUUGGCCAUGCCUGGACUAGAACAAGGGAGAUGCAUUAGCUGACCUUGGCCAGUUGCUAAUUCACUAUCUCAGCUUAGCCUAUCUCAUAGGGUUGUGUGAAGAUACAAGUUGGAAACCGUGCCAAUGGCAGGUUUACGAGGGCUCUAGGGCAAGACCUCUUCCUCUGUGGGUCUGUUUCCUCUUCCCAUUAUCAUUAGAUGCUCCGUGUCGUCCUUGUCAUAGCUAUCAUCUGCUUGCAUGCCAGGCAGAGAGCCAGUGGCAGGUACUGCUCCUCACCACCACCACCACCACCACCACCUGGGGUAGAGUGAGAUGCAGAGAAGGAGGUGGGAUAUGCAGGUUGCAAUGUUGAAGAGGAGGAGCAGGUUGUCUGUGGUCCCCUGUUGGGAUGUGGGCCCUUGGCAGAUUCCCAUUCAGGCAGGUCUUUGAGUAGAAAGAAUUACACUGCCCUUGGAAGAAAGGUGGAAUGUAAACAGAGUAAAUAAGAGCAUUUGAUUGAUCCAUGAAAGAGUUGAUAUGAUAUAUUGCAUGGGCCUUUGCAGUGCUGCAGCCUUCCUUCAGGGUGUUCUGGACCAAGAUUCCCAGUAAGGAGUGCCAAUGGUCACGAAUAAUGGGAGCUGAAGUCAAAAUAAUUGGAAUGCACCUAGUUGGGGGAAGGUUACUGUACCACACUAAAUUUAAGUGGUGAUGAAGCUCCUGAACUGAUAAAAGAGAGCAAGAGUCUUUCGACACAGUGUGCCUAAAACUUCAAAGUCAAUCUUGUCAUGCCACAUAUCCAAGAGCCAAAAAAUUUAAACCUUUCUGUUCUCUCUAGAAAAAAUAUUGCAAGACCAUUUGAAGAUCAAACCUCGCUGGUAAGUAUACAAAACUUAUAUGUCCAAUCGGAACAAAUGGGCUGUCUUCAUUGCAUGGCUCUAAACAACAAAAUAAAGAUGGAUUCAGAGGAGACGGAUAUGCUGUGCUAGUAUAUGGAUCCACUUCAUUUUGAUUUUCGUAAAACAAACACUGCAAUCUUUUUCUUCCUGGCACAGUAAUUCUCUUAGCAGUAAUUCUUGGCUUCUAGGCAGAACUUGUUGAGGAGGAGACAGAGGAUCCUUUAUGUUUAAAUUCAUUAAUAGCUGUGUUUGAUUCUGAAAUAUUCAAAUAAGCAGCUUCCAUUCUGUAUUGUGACUUGGGAAACAUGACCUAUUGUGAGAAGUUUGUGAAAUGAGAAUAUUGUUGCCAUAGAAUCAACCUGAAUGAGGGCUGCAUGGUAUUCUCAAGGCAGUGAUGGGUAAAACAGGAGCAAUGUGCAACUCCAUUCUGUUUUAUACCUUGGUCUAUCUCAAAAACUCAAGCAGAUAGUAAACAUUCACCCAAGCUUAAGUUGAAUAUCUUCGCAUUUCCCUAACCUUUUCAAACAUAUAAAGUCAUUAGGUAAGUGUUGUCAAGUAAAAACUUUAAUAGGACACCCUGUGCUCAUUUCACAGCUGGUGUUCAUUGGGUAUUGUUUAUGCAUUUAGACAUGAUUCUGGAGGAUCUGGAUUUGGAAUGUCAGUCUCUUAUCUGAAAAACACAAAUAACUUUAAAAUGAAUGUUUAUAGUGCAUAUUAGGUUUCUUAAUAGAUGAAGAACAUGUGUGAUUGAUUUCAGAUUUUAUUUUUUUAAAAUUAAACCUCAUGCCCUUUUAAUCCAAAGUUCUAGGAUCCAAAGUGCCCCAGAUAGUGUUUUGUACAAGGGGUGCAUGUGUGGCUUUUCAGCUCCCCCAUUUCAGAAGCACCCCCUCCCCCAUGCAUAACCCGGAUUCUUCCAGAUCACUGUCACUAACUUUCAUCAGCCCCAGGCAGCAUGGCCAGUAGUCAGGGGUGUGAUGGGUGUUGUAGUCCAGCAGCAUCUGGAGGGCCACAGUUUCCUCACACUUGCAAUAAGGCAUGAGAGCUUGUGGCUGGAAAGAAAAGUUUGUAACCUCACCUUGAGGCUGAGAGAGUGUCUUGCAUGUGAAUUACAGAAGCAGUCUGUACAAGCAGGCUGUUCAAUAAUCCUGAGACCAAACCCAACUGCAUGCACACACUGGGUUUUCUGGAUUGCCACCCAUGUCUCUCCUGCAGACUUUAAAUAAAACGUCAUAAUAUUCCAACAAGGCCAGUUAGGUUUAAUCUUGAGAUAAGCAGCUAGUUGAGUUUCCUCCUUUGGCAGGAUUUUAAGGUUGCUCAGGAGCAAAACAUUCUUCCGAGGGAUUGGCAUUCAGCACUGCAAUGUGCUUUUUAUGUUGCACUUUGCAAAACCUUCAACUGAUGUCUUUUAUUAACAGGAAUUUUUUUCCAAGAAAUCUGACUGUUCUUUGUUCCUGUUUGGAUCACAUAACAAGAAGAGGCCUAAUAAUCUGAUAAUAGGUAAAGUUGUUUCUUUUCUGUGAGUUGGAAGAAAUAGAUUACCAACAAGAUCUAGCUAACGUGAGAAUUAAAAGAUCAGUGCUCUUCUGCUACUUUGACCUCCUUUUUUUACAAAUAGGUUUGGAGAAAAGUAACAGCAAUGUGCUUGAAAGAUUCAAAGCAGAAUUAGGCCUUUUCCUGUUACAUAAUUCGAAAGCUUGUCUGCUUUUGUAGAGAUGUCGGUAGGAGAGCUCUUGGUUCGUCUGUAACUUCAUUAUCCUUUUUCCAAGUUGAUCCUACACACAGAGAGGAAGUGGGAUUGGCCCUUUCCCCCUAAGUUUUAUGCAUGCAACUGAAGACAAGAAUGGGCUGUAGGGUCUGUAUUUUCAAGCAGAAACUAUUGCACAGAAACUAUGUUGAAUCCUUGCCUUCCACCAAAUGCUUGCAGGUUAGGGGAAGGGCCAGCAGAGGGCAUGGGUGAGGCACUGUCAAUUCAGCCAGUGCACGUUAAAGAAAAUGAGGAUAGAAAUUUUGGAGCACUGAUUUAGUUGUGACAAGAAGAGCUGUCACAAUUUGUUUAGCACUUCUGAUUUGUGCAAUACUUUCUACAGUUCAUUGCCUUCAUCCGCAUACAUAUUUUGUUGGGGAGCAGAACAAGUGGCCAAGGCUAUGCAGCGAGUUGGUGGCAAGGGUGAUGGAACUCUUAGCUUACUGGAUUUUCCAAAAUGCUGAGAUGCCUCUCUCAAAGGAGAGGAAUGCAGAGUCUGAAAUGUAUAUCGUUUAUGAAGACAAGGUUGCCGGUUACUCACAAAUGGUUAACCAUUAUCUGGCAGUACUUACAUCCAUAUAACUUGUGGUGUUUAAAUAUGUACACUGUAAUCCUAUUGUGCAUCUGUCUUUGUGCUGGAUAUACCUAUUCAAGGAGAAGAUUUGAUUCACUUUCUUUUCUUUGGCAGGUCGCAUGUAUGAUUAUCAUGUUCUGGAUAUGGUUGAACUGGGUAUUGAGAAGUUUGUAGCUCUCAGAGAUAUCAAGGUAAGAUGAUGUAAAACCAGUAGCUUAUCAGUUGCUUCCAAAUGGAUUGAUGGCUACAUAUCCUUAAAAUGAGGAGUGAUGUGGAGAAGUACACCUAAACUAUGUAUUAGGCAUUAUUCAUUCAUUUAUUUAAAACAUACCUAUAUUUCCCUUCAGUUCAAAAUUUCUAGGGCUAAAAAAAGGCAAUAAAAACCGUUAAAGUGAUCACUGAAAAGAAUGACGGAAGCAGUGGAGGGGUGGUUCAGCUUAGGUUAAAAGUCAUGGAAAAUACAAAUGCCUUUGUCUACUGCCUAAAUGGAUAUUUAACCUAUCGUUUAUGCUGUGUGGUUUGUAGAUAGUAUAGGAAUAUGAAAUUCCUUUUAGUGAGCUCUUGUCACAGACUCUUGUGGCCCUCCAGAUGCUAUGGGCCUACAACUUUCAUCACCCCUGACUUUUGGCCAUGCCUGACUGGGACAGAUGGCAGUUGGAGUCCAGCAACAUUGAGAAGGCCACAGGUUCUCCGCCCCUGACUUAAUACCUAGACCUGGCGAGGCUUCUCCAUGUGAAAUGCUAUCAGGCAGUCAGCACAGAUUAAGCCAACUAAAAUAUUUGUACCUUACGAUAGCUACGUUUCCCUCUUGCUUGCAUUGGGGUUUUGUGUACUUUUUAUCCCUUAUUUCAUUGGCAGUUUUCUAAGGUGUUGCUUCUUCUCCCACUGCAACCCUUCACUUUCUAAUCUUCUGAUUCAUUUUUUUUUAAAAAAAACCAAAAUUAAUAGAACAGCAAGUGCCCUGAAGGGACAAAACCUAUGUUGAUAUUUGCUGGUGAUGCUUUCGACAUCAGUGAAGAACACAGGAGAUUAAAAAGCCUUCUAAUUGGUAAGUAUUCUUAAUUUGCAUUUUUUGUGCAGCAGAGUAGGAACUCUUGCAGUGCUGAGUCAUGGAAAUUUUCAUAUUUGGGAUUUAGCCAUCUGUUGGGAGUACUAAAAUGUGAAAGGUUGCGGUGAUUUAUGUUGUUUUGUAAAGUUAUGUUGAAGUUUUAUCUUUCGGUCAGUAACCCAGGUGGUUUUGUGGUCAUCUGUUCUUUUUUUGCAGCAGCGGGUGGGGUGGGAGAACAUUGAGAACUGUCCUCCUAUGAAGAAAUGAAUCUGUAAGCUGAAAUAGUUGCAGCCUAAGUUAAAAAUCAAGACCCAGUGGAUUGCCUGGGAACAUCUGAUGCAUUACGGAAGCUCAGUGAGUGUGGACUUGCUCAGGACUGUGGCUAGGAAGGCCCUGAAAGCCCUGUGUAAAUGUAGUGUGUGUGUGUGUGUGUGUGUGUGUGUGUGUGUGUGUGUAGAAUCCUUGGCAGAUGGAAAUCAAGCCUGCAAAUAUAACUUCAAAUUUGUAAGUUUUCAAAGUCAUAUUGGAAGUCAGUAUGAUAUCUAAACCCCAUCACUGGUUACUACUGCCCAGUUGCCCAGUUCUUAUGUCAGAAGAGAGUGACUGGAUGAUCAGGGAGAUACAGUGGUACCUCGGGUUACAAACGCUUUGGGUUACAAACUCUGCUAACCCAGAGGUAGUACCUCAGGUUGAGAACUUUGCUCCAGGAUGAGAAUGGAAAUCGUGCAGUGGCAACAGAAGGCCCCAUUAGCGAAAGCAUGCCUCAGGUUAAAAACAGUUUUGGGUUAAGAAUGGACCUCCAGAACGAAUUAAGUUCAUAACCCAAGGUACCACUGUAUUCCAAGUCAGAUGGGGGGGGUUCCUCCUUUUUUAGAUAGAAUAAAAUUGGAAUGGGUAAUUUGUGUUUGUUUCCCUGUAGGCAUUAAAAUAUCGAAUUCAAAUAUUGUUGCCUAAUCCCAGUCACAUUUAAAAUCUUGAUUCCUAUGAACAUACCUCAUUUCUAACCCUGGGAAUUUUAAAAAAUACCCUAGAAUAUCUUCUCUUUGUGGAAGAAGUGAACAACCUGUGCAGAGUGAGCGAGAUAGUUUUCUCUCCCUCUCUUUAUAUCUGUGCAGUUCUUUCUCUCGCCUUCUUUUUCAGCCCUUCCAUUCUUCCCUCUCACCUGGCUUUCAGCAUUUUGUUUCUCUUGUCAGUCAGCAUUCUUUGGCUCUUCAGUCCCUGCUGGGCUGUUUUGGGGAGUUCCAUUAGGUUGUUUUUCUUCUUAAAGGCUUUGUGUGUACUUGGCAACCUUAGAAUUAGCUAGAAUCUGCUUAUACCUCCCUCAUGUGAUUAUGCAGUACGGUUUUGGCUGCAAAAUUUUGCAAGCAGGAGAAGAUUAAUUGACUAUGUAAAGGCAAAAGAAUAUGAGGAGCAAGAAGUUUUCCAUGUCAUGUAAUCAUAAAGGAGUAGACUGGAUUUUCUACAGUUUGACCUAAGUGGAACUGUUAUUUAUCUGACUGGUGAAAAAUAAACAUUUUGCUUUGGAUUUCAGCUAAAAGUAAAUGGCUUUUAAAAAGCCACUGCCCUUGUAAAUAUCACGUUCUGCUUUUAGCCCACAGGGAAUAUCAAGCAUCAAAUAAACUCUUACCAAAGCUAUGUGACCACAUCAAUGUUCUUGGUAAACAACUAGGUUUCUGUUGACUUGCGAGCCAUUGGCCGGUUGUGGAGUUUGCCCAUUUGAGUCAUGUGACAUUGCUGCUGAGGGAGCACAAGGGUUGGGAAAAUGAGGUCAUAAGUGUUAUACUAGAACAGGAAAAUUCUCCUGGCCCCUUUAAAUCUUUUUUUAGGGCAUGUGUGCUAGUUAUACAUGUGACAUGGCUAGCUUCCAGAAGCAUAUUGAAUUUGAGACAGUUUUCUGACACUCCCCCUCUUCCUACUUUAAAUAAAAGCAUUGCAUUCUGACAGACUGUAAAUCAGUUUUGUGUGAGAAUUAGUUCCUCUCCUGUGACAGCACUGAUUCAUUAAUCUGUUGGCAUAUUCUGAAUGAUAUCAAUCAGGAACAAGAUGAGGAAUAGUUGAGCACAAAUGUCACUCAAAUAGUUGAGCACAAUGUCACUCAAAGGAACAUUACUGGGUUCUGAGGUGAACUCAAAUGAAGUGAGUCCAAGAGUAUCUCUCCUACUAUCAAUGUGCAGGUUCCUCCUCUUCCCCACCUGGAUAGAGAGUCAAUCAGACAGACACCAGCCACCUGUUCUGGAUCAAGGGACCCCCAUCCAUUUGGUGUAGCGUGUUCAGAGUUGAAGCACCACAUGUGCAACCCUAGGCACUAGAGCAGUGUUUCCCAAACUUGGGUCUCCAGCUGUUUUUGGACUACAAUUCUGAUCAUCCCUGACCGUUUGUCUUGCUACCUAGGGAUGAUGGGAGUUGUAGUUCAAAAACAGCUGGAGACCCAAGUUUGGAAAACACUACACUAAAGGGAUUUUAUCCUGAAGCACUCUUAUAUGUGAGCAGCCUAAUUCUGUAUAUAAACAGAAUUAAACUGCUCAGGACUGCAGUACCUCAAGGACCGCCUCUCUCCAUAUGAACCUUCCCGGACUCUGCAAUCAUAAUCUGAGGUCCUUCUUCGUGUACCUACUUCACGAGAGGUCCGGAGAGUGGCAACACAAGAAUGGGUCUUCUCUCCAGUGGCUCCCCAUUUGUGGAAUGCUAUUCCCAGGGAGACUCACCUUGUGCCUUCAUUAUACACCUUUAGGUGCCAGACAAAAAUGUUCUUCUUUAACCAAGCCUUUGGGUAAUUAACAUCCUAUACUCUUUUAAAUGGAGGGACACGGGUGGCGCUGUGGUCUAAACCACUGAGCCUAGGGCUUGCCGAUCAGAAGGUCGGCGGUUCGAAUCCCCGUGACGGAAUGAGCUCCCGUUGCUCAGUCCCAGCUCCUGCCAACCUAGCAGUUCGAAAGCACAUCAAGUGCAAGUAGAUAAAUGGGUACCACUCUGGUGGGAAGGUAAACAGCGUUUCUGUGCGCUGCUCUGGUUCGCCAGAAGCAGCUUAGUCAUGCUGGCCAUGCCGGAAAAACUGUCUGCAGACAAACAUCAGCUCCCUCGACCAGUAAAGCGAGAUGAGCGCCGCAACCCCAGAGUCAUUCAUGACUGGACUUAAUUGUCAGGGGUCCUUUACCUUUACCUUUACUCUUUUAAAUGUGUUUGCAGGACGGAAUGGGGAGGGUGGGAGGUUAUUGAUUGGAGGGGGGUUGGUUCUUGUUUUUAUUGUGUAUUUUGUGUUUUUCUCUUAUAUUUUUAUGUUGUGAAUUGCCCUGAGAUCUAUGGAUGAAGGGCAGUAUAUAAGUUAAUAAGUAAAAUAAGCCUUUUGAAUAGGAAUUGCAUUGAUUCGCAUAACCUUUUUAUAUUCAAACAUAACUGCAUCUUCUGAGCAUGUGUGAAACUGCUCAGUUUAAUCAAAGGUGUCAACCAAUAUGCUCUUUCAAUGUGCGUAACUUCUAAGUUUUAGCAAUAUGGCUGGUUAUAGCUCACAGACAGUUGGUUUUGGAAGAGCACGAAUUGUUAAGAAAGAAAAAGGGGAAGAAACUGGCAAGAACUCGAAGAAUAACAUAAUAGAAGAAAAAUAAUUUUCUGAAACUUAGCACCUUUAUGUGGAUUUUGAUUUAGCAGUGUUCCUGUUGCUAUAGAACUUUGGACUAGUGCCAGUUUAAAGAUUGGAUGCCAAAAACAUAGGAAAACAAUAUUUCAAAAGCUACCCACAUAGAACAUCAGUCAUGGGCAGAGAAAGUUUGACAUUGAAAUGUCAAGAAAAUAUUUUCUCAUUUCUUCAGUUAGAAAUCUGGUAUUUCAAAAGGAUACAUGUGAAAACGUAUUAAACUGAUCACUGGUAUAUUUGCACUUCAUGCUUUUGGUUUGGCUGAAAUAACCAAGGAAAUGACACUGAGAAAAAUACAGCUGACUCUGGAAGCCAAAGCUAGAAGAGAACGGAACAUUUAGCACUAUGGUACUUUUUAAAUUGCAGUACUGAUACUUGUUUUUGUUAACAUGCCUUGUACUCUGCUUCAAGGCCACGUUGCUACUGAACACAGUGCAAAAUUGUUAAGGGCCGUUUGAAAAUAAUCUGGGCAUACAGUCCUGCAAAAUUUCAGAAGUUGUUGGUUCAGGGUUGCUAAUCUGAACUAGCAGCCCUUAUUUGUACGGAUAAGAAAUUGCAGAAUGUUCAAGUCACACUCUCUAACUUGAGUUUAUGGCUCUUGGUUUGGCAGGGAAUGCCGCAUUCUAACCAUCCUCUUCAUGUCCCCAACUCUAGUCACAUUUUGUUUAUAUUAAUUCAGAGAUCUUGUUUUAAUUUUAUCUUCUCUCCUCACCCUCUAAAAAGAAGAAGUUAAUAUUCCUAAAAGAGGGAUAGUCGGUGUAACUCAGUGUUAUUGGACUGCAGUCCACAUCAGCCCCAACCAUCAUGGUCAAGUAUGAUGGUAACUAUAAUCCAUUAAGAUCUGGAGGGCAUCACAUUGGCUCUUCUUGACCUGACACAAGCUGGAACUGAAGUUCAAAUGGAGAGUCGUCUUAAAAUGUACAUAUUGAUAGUUGUUGGAGGAACUCAGUGCUCAAGAUGAGAUUUCAUUUACAGCGGGUUUUACAUCUUUGAUAUGCCUUGAAAAUGAGCACAUACAGAUGGUGUCCUAGGUUAGGUUGGGAAAAUGCCUCCAAUUUAAUAUUUUGAAUCUAUUGUUUACGGUACAUGGAUAGGUCUGUGCAGUGAUUAUGUUUGUCCUUGGUAUCAACAAGUGUAGACCAGAGAUAUCUUACUUGUGAUUUCCCCCCUCAUCCCUAAGUCUCAAGGAGGUGUGAGCUUUACAGUAGCAAUUUUGUUAACAUCUUCUGAUCAUAAUGACUGUAUAAAAAUCAUAAAAUAGCUUUUGUGUUUCUGUUAAGUUUUACCAUGUUGGAUAUCAUUUUGUAGACCCGAAUAUCUGGAAUAAUGUUUUGUUUCAUUUAUGUUUUACAUAACUUGCACUAUUAAUAACUGAAAUGCGUCAGGGCUGGGAGGCAAUUCUCCAAUUUGGUUGUUAUAAUUAGUGCCAAACAUAGGGGGUGGGGGAAGUACUGUUAAUCAGCCACUUCUAACUCUUUAUUUUCCAUAACGCAUAAUCUCUUGCAACCUCAAAAUUGUCCACUAGUGUCAGCUGUUUGGUGUGUGUGUGUGUGUGAGUGAGAGAAUCAAUCUAUUUUGAAGUGAGGUAUUGUUUUCUGUUCUUUCAGUCCUAAUUUUCACAAACAUUGAAAUAUGUGGAAAAGCACUAUUUUAAAGAUAAAGGUCUUUAAAAGUGUAUGGUUAUUUUGAAUCCUCCUGUUUUGGUUGUUGCAUGUGCACUGUUUGACCUGAACUGUUUUGGCCUAGUGGCUUUAAAAAAAAUAUUUCUCUUGUGCCAGAAUAUUUUGCUGGUUGACAGAAUUACACGUCUGGCUGCAAGUGGCGAUUCUAUUUGCAGGUCCCUGAUCUUGUUUCUUUUGGCUGUCUAGAAAUGGCUCUUGCUCUUUUCCCUCUUUCAGAUUUUUUCAGAGGCCCUGUUGUGCCCAGCGUUCGCCUGGCAGGCUUAGAACACGUUCUUCACUUCACAGCCAUUGAUGAAAAAGUCUAUAUGAGAAGUUACAAGUAAGUCUCUCAUUGCUGAUUUCUUGCUCUUAUAUGCAAUACUAACAUGCUUCCUAAGAAUUAGAUUCUGUGAAGUGCUUUGUAGGAUUGAGUUAGAGCAGGCAUAGGCAAACUCCGGCCCUCCAGAUGUUUGGGACUACAAUUCCCAUCAUCCCUGACCACUGGUUCUGUUAGCUAGGGAUGAUGGGAAUUGUAGUCCCAAACAUCUGGAGGGCUGGAGUUCACCUAUGCCUGAGUUAGAGUUAUAGAAUCAGACUUUGAAAGCCCGUAACUUGCACACAUUUAACUUGUGCGCAUUCAGCUUUAUGCAUGUGGCUAUAUGGGGGCGGGGGAGAGAGAAUGGGGACAGAGUGAGAAAAAUGACUUUUGGCAAUGCCACCCACCAUUGAGCCCAAUGUGUUUUGGCUAUAAGCUUUAGGUGUGAACCUUGGAAUGUAACCCUUGCGUAAGUUGCGGGCUUGCUGUAUAUCAAAGUGAAGGUGCCUAGUUAUAAUUUCCCAAAAUUAUCAAACAACAUUCACUGCGUGCUAUCAUACUGGAGCCAGGUGGUUAGCGCCUCCUAGAGGUCAAGGCAGGAAUGACAUAUUUUAUAAACCUUUUAAAAAUAAUUUCCAUCAUGUUCUGCUUAAACUCUUCAGCUUCCAAAUUAUUUAGGAAUAUGAGAAGUUGCCUUUGUACCAAGUCAGACCCAAUGGUCCUACCAUCUCAUUAUUGCCUGGCAAGCAGCUCUCCAGGGUUUCAAUAGAGAGUCUUUCUCAGUAUUACUUGGAAAUGCUGGGACUUGAACCCAGAACCCUCUGCAUGCAGACCAGAUGGUCAGCUAUUAAGCUAUGGAAUAUAUAGUAAAAACAAAACAGCUAAACGUUUGUGUAAAAAUUCUACUGGUGAUUGGAAAAUGUGACAGUGAAUGGUUUUUUAAAAACAAUAUUAAGGAAUGAUCAUCCUACUAAUUUAUUCACCUCCAAACUAAAUGAUAUUUAAAUAUAUGUACUUGCUUGUAAAUCUAUAUGACAUUCAUUCCAGGGAAGCAUAUUUUAAGAGCAGAGCUUUAAGUUUGUGGCGGACAAGUAUAACCUCGGUGUACUUUAGCAUUGCAAAAUAAACAAUAGCUUGCCGCAACACAGAGAAAGCAGUACUAAAUGCAGUGCAAAUGGGGCCAACACAUGUUGUGCCCUGCAAAUAGUGAUUUGCCUGUGGGAAUAGCUGGUUGGAGAGGGCCACUCCUGUGCCCUUAAGGAUGCAUGUCAUGGGGCAGGGUGGUCCCAGUAUUUCUGUCUACCUUAGUCCUUCCACCUAAGUCUGUUGUUCAGCAUUUGUGCCCUGUGUUUUGGCUUUACUUAACAUUUGCACACCAGCAUUACUGAACCAGUCACACAUGCCAGGGCAUCAAUGGCAUCAGGUUCAAAGAGGGUAGGAUUUGGUUGCUAAUGAGUCAUGCUGAACUAUCAGGAUCUUAGUAACUGCUUUCUUCCCAGAAAAAAAGAGCCUGUGUGUGAUAGUUUCUCUCUUAUUGGAAGUAAGCUUCCAGCCUGCACAAAACUCUGCAGCCUUACUGAGAAAAGCACAUCGUCCAGUCGUGUUGGUAUUGCAUCACUGUGGAAUGCGAGUGAGGGGGAGGUUGAUUGUUGCAAGGCAUCUGUUAAACAUGUCAGAUGAGAAGGCAACUUGUUCUUAUCUUUUUAAGAGUACUGUUGAAAAAAUCUGGUUGCAAAAUACCAAGGAUUGAACUUGAAGACAUGGGGCCAUCGCUAGAUUUGGUGAUGAGAAGGACCCAUUUGGCCUCAGAUGAUCUUUAUAAGUUAUCUCUAAGACAGCCCAAAGCUCUCAAGGUAUGUUGGCACAUCUUUAUACCACUGAAAGCUUUUCCAUAAGAAAAGAGAUGUGUAGUUUUCUUGUCUUCAAUGUUUACCCUUGAUGUAAUCAGCAAUUUGUUGUCUUUUUCCAUGUUCUAUUACAUCAUCCAUUAAGCUUUGUCCUGUUUUUCUUAUGAUCUUUAGUAGGUUUUUAAAAGAUUCCUUGACAUCAGGCAUGUUUUGAAUCUGCAUACCACUGUUAGGUCUCUAAUUUAAUUGGAAUUAUUUGGAUGCGGCCUUAAUUUGGAAUGUCACUGCUGCUAGUAAUUCAUAUUGUCACUAGUGCUCUGUUAAAGAGCUGUCUCUUCCUGUAACGCCCAAAUCACUGCUUCUGGAGUUUUCUGCCAAAUGAAACCUUAUGCCUGAUGGAGUUUUAGGGGGUGGCUCUUCUAAGUUAGUAGUUUGUGAGUUGCAUCCAGUCUUGGCUGUCAUUUAUCAAGACUUUUGUCCUUAAAUGCAACUGUUUUGAAAUGUAACAAGGGAUGGUGGCAUUAUACAAAUGUGAGAUGUCAGUCUAGUGAAACUGUAAUGCUUUCUUAUUUUUCAGCCAAAGAAGAAGAAAAAUAUUUCCCAUGAUGUCUUUGGUACAAAAUAUGGACGGAUCCACAUGCAGAAACAGGAUCUGGAAAAAUUGCAGACCAGGAAAAUGAAGGGUUUAAAGAAGAGGCCAGCUGAAAAGAAGACUGAAGAUGGAAAGAAUCCAAAGAAAGUAAAGUUAGAAUGAUAGGCUGCAUCUGGACUGAGCACUUGAGCUGGCUGCUCCUUUGAUUUAUUCAUUUAAAUGCCAUAUACUUCUGAAAUUUAUUUUGAAUGGGUUUUCAGGCAAAACUACUUGGUUGUUCCUGGAAGGCAGGGAUGUUUUAAAGGGAGGAAAUGAAUAUGUAUUGCUUAAUUUUUGGACAAGUUUCUUCUGAUAACCACUUGAAACAGAUACUGCCAGCCAUUGCUUCCAGCAGCGGCUUCCAGCCAUUCAGGAUGACUUGUUCUACUCUUCAUUCUCUUCCCAGCCCCUGUUGCCAUUAAGUUUUCAGAAUAUGGCAUUUAUGUUUGUGCUUUUAAAGACAUUAUCAUCACGGACAUGAGCAGAAAUACAUCUGUACUCUGGAUUUUUUAAAAAUAAACAUAUUUGGAUAUUCAUCACUGGGAAAGCCAUGACCUAGUUCCGGAGUGAUAUAUAUAUGUGUGUGUGUGUGUGUGUGUGUGUGUGUGUUGUUUAGACCAUCAGGAAAUUGGCUUAUGGCUGUUAUAUUGAACUACAAAUUUCUGUCUGUAUAAACAAAGAAUUCCAGGUUGCUUUGACCUUUUCAUCCUAUCCUUGGAUUUUUCCCUAAUCAGGCUGUGCUUUGUCUACCCUUGCUAUUGCUUACAUGAUAAGCUAGCCUGGGCUGGAAAAGAAUAAAAUGCAGAGCCCAGUAUUUAUACCAAGAACUUUUCUCUUUCAACUUUUUUUAAAGUAAUAAACAAAUUAAUAAUAAU